GUGGGUGGAUGGAUGGAAAAUAGGUAGGUACCGUAGAUGGUAGAUUGUAGAUAGGUAGGUAGGUGUGUAUGUGAGUGGGUGGAUGGAUGGACGGACGACAGGUGACAGUACAAAUUCAUGUUUGCUGAAUGCAAAGUUCCUUCCUCCACGAUUUCUGCUUCCUUCAGGAAUACCCCAAGAUAACGUUUCCUCAUCCUUCCAACUUUCCCCAAGUUCCGGAGUGUUUCUUCCAGCAUCCAGUCUUGGGGAGGGGGUCCUACAGGGACCGCUCCCCCAGCAGUCACACGUGGCUUCCCGCCGCCCCUUUCCGAGAGUCCGCCGUGUGUGGUGUCCCUAGGCAACGGAUGAGACUCUCCGCCAAUGGGAGCGCCGGAGCUGCUCCGCGUUAUAAGGUAGCUAAGCAACCCCGGCCCGGGACGUUCCAGGGCUGCAAACGAAGUUUCCACCGGGCCAAGCGGGAGGAGCCGCCCGCGCGCGGCCGAGUGGGCAGUUGGUGAGUCGCGGGAGCCUCUCGAUUCUUUGCCGGGUCUCCCACUUGGGGCAUUUCCCCUCUUGCGUCUCUGCCCCCUCCAUCCUGAAGAAAAGUCGCGCAGCCCAGAGAAUCGGAUUCCACUCGCACUUGCGCUGUUAAUACUCCUGCCCAGUUCUAAGUGGGAGAAAGACUGGCUGGGAUACGGAAUGGGGUGGCCGAAGGAAGUUGGGUCCAGCCAAAGGGCAGUUUAGGCAUGAAGGCGGAGCGAUCCCUGCCCCCAAAGCGGCAUCUGUGCUCCUAUGUACCUACUCAGGAUGCCGGACUUCCUAAGAUAGACUUUGCCCAUUAGCUGCACCGUGUAUUAGUGCCACUGGAAAGCAGCAAAAGUUCGCUUUGGCCAUGGAGUGAUCUUCUGGAUUCUGGCAGCCCAGAACAGAUAACCGUGGCGACCAAAACUGGAUGCUGUAUUCCACCUGUGGCCUUGCCAACACAUUGUAAAGGGGUAUUAACCCUUCAAGUGAUCGUGAUUCUAUCCCUCUGUUAAUGCAGCCUAGGAUUGCAUUGGCUUUUGGGGCUGCUGCCGCACACGGCUGGCUCCUGUUUAAGGGAUCGUCCGCUAGGGCUCUGAGGUCCCUCUCGCAGUUACUCUUUUUGAGCCAGGUUUUCUGCUUCCUCAGAAGUGAUGAGAGAGACAGCUGUCCCUCUGGUAAAGAGGUUGCACCCUUGCACCAAGGGUCACUGCGAUUUCCUGCUGGAUUGCAUCGACGCUCAGCUCAACCCCAUGCAGGGACCUGGACCAAGGAUCAAGGGAAGCAGUUGGGAUGGUCCUCUCGGCCUGGGUGAAACCGAGGCCACUUCUAGGACAGCAGAUCCAGGCAGGACCAACGCAGGUGGGGAUGGAGACAUGUCCUCUCGGGAGAUGGACCGCAGAAGGCAGCUGCUGCACCUCCCUGACUCAAAGGAGGCCCCGAGCAGAUCAGACUCCGUUUGCACCGAAGACUUGGCUGCUGAGUUCCACAAAGGUUUGGUGGAUCUGGGGCUGAGCUCCGGUGAGGACGAGGCUGUUUCUGGUCUCGCAUUAGGCCCCAGAGAUGUGAGGCCACCAACAUCCAAGGCCACCGUCCUGCCUGAGAUGGCUGGUCCUUGUCCACCUUUCAGAUCUCUCCAUCCUGCUUUGGAUUCUCACAGAUUGGAGCCGACAAGCAAGCGGUGGCCAGCAGAAGUGUCCAAGGAGAAAAGGAGCCAAGAAUUGGCUCCCCCUUCCAGAGAAUGGCCACUCUGGGGUCUUCCUCGAGAUGGACUCAAGAACAUGGCACCUCUUACUCAACACAGAGUCAAGAACUGCUCAGCCAAGAGCUCCAGUGGAACGGAUGCAGGAAGGGGAGGCCAACCGUGGAAGAGGAGUCUUCAUGCCAGACUCCAGAGCUCGAGAGAAGAAGGGGGAAAAGUGGAUUCCAGGAAAAGUGAAUUCCUGGGAUUAGAGCGAGGAGGAAAAGGACUAGAGCAAUCUUCUGAACAGAGGCAGAGCUUCAAUAGAAGCUCAAAGCACUGGUUGAUCGUUGGAGAGCCUCAGUCAUCCUGGCAAAGGGCCAGAAGAACCACAUCAAACAUUCGAGUCCCACCGAGGAGAGCAGAGGUCAGCCAUUCUGAGAAGACUUCCUCCUACUUCAAUUUCUCCUCCUCCUCCUCAUUCUCCUCCCAGCAUGCGGCUGUGGAGCUGGAAACAUUUCAGGAAGCCUUACGGGAGCGCCAGGAGCUGGCAAGGAGGCUGGAGUUGCAAAUGGAAGAACAUCAGGAGAAAGUGGAAAAGGCCAGGGCUGAUCUGGGGCUGCUGGAAUAUAAGCAGGAGACCUGCCUGAAGGAAGUCAUGGAACUGGAGCAAGAACUGAGCAUGCUCAGGUGGCAGGGCAGGCAGUACGGGGCUGUGCAGGUGGAGGUCUCUCGACUGGUCAGUGAACGAGAAGAGUUGAAGGACCAAGUCCGCUGCUUAGAGGACCAGCUCUCUUCUCUGAAGCUCCAGCUGAAGAGUUCUAGAACCUUGUUGUCCUCCAUGGAGGAAAUGGCCAGUGAGAAGACCAAGCAGCUCCAGGAGGCUCUGCUGUCCAAAAAGGACCUGGAAAUAGCAAGGAUGCACAAGACCCUGUCAGUCUUGGAGGCGGAAAAGGGGGCCCUGGACGGUAUUGUCAGGAGCCUAAAAGAGGAACACCAGCAACAGAUGAAGCAGCUCCAGCAGGAGGCCUUCCAGGAAAAGGAGAAAGAGCUCUGCAAGCUAAGGGAAGAGAUGCAGCUGGAGAAGAAGCAGGCUUUACAAGAGUGUGCUGAAAGUUCAGAAGAGGCUAAAGCCAGUGCUCUCCGGGAACAAGCUGACACCUUCCAGAAGGAAAUUGAAGAUCUACAAAAGAUCAUAAAGGAGCGAGAAGCAGAAGCCAUCCGGCAGCAGGAAGCCUUGCAGCAGCAGGCAGCGGCCCUGAAGGUGGAGGCCAAGGAGAUGGUGCAGAACUCACUGGUCCAGGAGCAGAAGAAAUGGGAAGCCCAUGCCCAGGCAGCGCUCCAGAUGCAGUGGGAGGCCCUGCGGGAACAGGAUCGGAAGAGGCGGGUGGAUCUCCAGAGAGCCCUGGAGAAAGAAAGGAAACUCAGCAGUGCUUUGCGGGAUGCAGAGGCUGACCUCCGUCGGAAGAUUGAAGGCUUGGAGAACCAGACCCGUUUGCUGGAGGAGGAGAAACGAGCCAGCCUGGAAGAACUCCAGGUUGGGUUGCAGAAGGAAAAAGAUGAAGCUCUCCAGAGGCUGCGGGAGGAGCUGGACCAGGAAAGGACGCAAGAAAAAGAAGAAACAAGAGUGAAGCUACAGCAGAUGGAAGAAGAUCGAGAACAUCUGCAAGCAGAAUGCAGCCGGUUGUCCCUCCGGGAGCGGGAAGCUCAGGCCCAGGCUGAGCGGAUGGAUCAAUUCUUGGCCACCCAGAUUGUCUUAGCAUGUCGGCAGCUCCAGCAGCUCCUCCCGGAGAAGGCAGUCCUGCUUCCUCACCUGCUGUACAGGGAGGGUCUUCCUCUCUCCUCCGGCGCUGCCCUCCAGGCCCUGCGAGAGGCGAGGGAGGAAAUUCAGAGUUACAUCCAGGACCUCAACCAGGAGCUUGAGGGGCAAAAACAGCGCAUUUUCCAGAUCCAGAGGGAGAAGGAGCUGGAGUUGAGGCAGCAGAAAGAGCAGCUUCGCCUGGAGAGUCAGUCAGUUCUCGAAGGCCUGAAAGAGCAGCUAGUUCACGAACACAUGGAUGACAUCCUCACUCUGCAGCGCAGCUGGUUGAAGGAAAGACAGGAGAAAGACAAGUCCAGGUUUUGCUCACCACAGGAAGAGGGAGUUGGCGAGCUGCAUGUGGCACAGAAGAACGUAGCUUAUGGAAAAGACAAAGCAGACCGUAUGCCCAUCAACGAACCGAAGGAGGAACUGGAUCGUGAGCCAGAGAGAUGUUUAUCCAGCAAUUUCUGCAAGAAUCUGGCAACUCCUGGAUCAGAAGGAAGACGUUUCUCCACGAUGGUUUGCAGAUGCCAAAAUGGUUGGCCAAGGAUGGGACAGAAACAUUUCCAGUUACCAGAAGACCUCAAAGACUAUUUGUAUCAACCCUUCUGUGGCCAACUGCCCAACAGCCAUGCUGGAUUUAGACUUAGAGGUCUCCAAAUUUCCAACCCAAACUGAAAAAUGCCAAGUUGGUGAUGUCCUGGAGCAUGUCUCUAAUCUGGAAUUGGUAAGAAAACCAUCGCUUCCAGCAACAUCAGGCGGAGGUAUCGGUGCUGGCUAAUGCGCUAGGCUGCCUUCAAAGCGAACCAACCAGCAGAGAAAUCCAGCUGGAAGUGGGGAAGGAAAGAGGUUGCCAAGAAUGAAGGGGUUAUCCAAAAGAGGGGAGGGGGGGAGAGGCGAUAUUCUCAGCUGAGCAAAAGGAAAAAUCUGGAGCCUGGAUUGCCUUUGCCCAGCCAAUCAACCGAUCAAUUAGAAUAGAGCUGGAAGGGGCCUUGGAGGUCUUCUAGUCCAGCCCCCUGCUCAAGCAAGAGACUCUAUACCAUUUGAGACAAUUGGCCGUCCAGUCUCUUCUUAAAAACCUCCAGUG